GGGCCUGGGGUCGCUGAUUGGUUCAAGGAAAGCACCAUAACUACAAGGAGUUUAUAUUCAUUCAACUUGUUGAAGUGCCCCGACUGCAGCCUGGAGAGAAGCCUUCGCUCGGACUGCAUGUGGCGUCGCGUCUGGAUUCACCCAGAAGUGAUCUCGAUGGUGAGGCCGGAGCUCUAACAUGGACUGAUUCAAAAGUCUUGGCAAAAAAACAAAAAACAAAAAAAAUGGCAAAUGCAGACAGUGAGGUCAAAACGCUGCUGAAUUUUGUAAAUUUGGCAUCCAGUGACAUCAAGGCGGCUCUGGACAAGUCGGCUCCGUGCAGGCGCUCCGUGGAUCACAGGAAAUACCUGCAGAAACAGCUGAAGCGCUUCUCCCAGAGGUACUCCAGGGGGCCACGGUGCCACACGCACAGGCCCGGGGAGUACGGACGCGGCCGACCGGUGGGCGCUGCUCGCCAGGGUCCGAAGGACGCGGAACAGGCCGGCGGCUCGGAGGCGCGCGGCGGGGACGACGACGGGAGCGCAGUGGAGCAGGUGCCCAUGAGGAAACGCCUGCUGCCCGCCUCAUUUUGGGAGGAACCCAAGUUGACCCCGGCUAAGAGGGAGCGCACGCAUUUGGGACUGAAACGAGGCUCGUCCGCAGGGGCCCCCGAGGGCGGUGACAACGACAAGAGGAAGAGGAGCUGCGGCGACGACGCGAAGGCCGCGCUGUCCGCGGCUGGCCGGCGCAGCUCGGCGGACCGAGAGGCGCUCAAAGUGGACCUGAGCUCGCACCACUGUGUGAGCGUGUGUGGCUGCUGCCCCUUCCAGUACCACGGACACCAGGGCCUGCACAGCCACAUUGUUGUCCCCCAUCCGGCCAUGGCACUGUGGGGCGAGGCAGCAGGGGCCGAGGCGGAGGGGCCCGAGCAUCCUUAUGGACAGAAAAUCCACACACACGUUGUGGUCAAACCCAUACCCACCAAACCCGCCGUCCAGUCGCCGAUCUUCAGCGUGUUUGGAUUCAUUUAAUUAGUCUCACACAAAACAACUACAUGUAAAUAUGACUAAUUGCAAAGAGCCUCUUUCUCGUUUGGAACGUGAGACACUUCGUCGAGCACUUAUUGGAAUUGGCUUCAUUUGUUUUGAUUGCUUAAAUCUAAAGGACUAAAAUGCACUUGCAGUAUAAGUUAAUCAGCUUCACGUUGGUGCCAGCCCGAUGCCAGCAAAUAGCUGACAAUUGACAGUAAGUUAAAAGGUUUCUACUUUUAGGUUUGGACAGAUUAUGACUGUUAAUUCUAAGGUAGGAAGAAGCCAUGCAAAUGAAUGAACACAUCCUGUUUUAGUUUCCUCUUUCAACUAUGAGAAUAGAAUGUGGGGCAUAGAUUGCUUUUUUUGGUUUGUCAAAGUAAUGUUUGAUAGGCAGAUAUGAAACAAUGACUUUUAUUUUUAAAUAAAUGAUUAAACCUCC